AUGUGCGCGGGCCUCGGACUCCUCCGCGGCCGUCAUAUCAACCGAGUAGUCCCAGUCACAGGUCUCGCCCUCUAUGACGCACUGGGCGCAGAUGCCGGGGCCGUCCGCGGUAACCCGGAGCCGGUGGCAGGUGAGGAAGAUGGGGGCGCGGCCCUGUAUGAAGCGGGUGGCGCAGUUACUACACUCCGACGGGGCGUGGUCGUCCUGGAGGACGGAGGCGGGGAGCUCACGGCCACGCGUAUCGCAGAGGAUACUCAAGACCGCCUCGUAGGUGCGUUCGACCCAGAGGUCAUGCCAGAAGUCGGCGUCGAAGAAGAAGCAGGCGUCGCGCCGCUCUUGAGGGUGGGCGCGGACCAGGUCGAGCAAGUCGCCGUGACCGGCAGCGAGGUCGGCGGCUAUGUGGCGGUUGACGGCGAAGCUGACGAGGCGGAAGCCGUUCCUGACCUCGAUAUCGACGGUGAAGCGGUGGCUCCUCUCACCCUCGCGCGGCCAGCGCAGCUGUCGGGUCGCGUGGCCCUCGGCAGCUUGCUCGCGGAAGGCCUGCGGCUCAUCCAGCCGUCAGGUCAGCCUCACACUGUCUCCAGCAAGGCAGCAGUGUCGUCGGCAAGCAGAGGCGGCGCGGAGGAGCCGGCAGGCGGCGGCGUGGUCGGCGAGCAGGAGCGGCGCGGAUAUGCAGGAGCUGCCGGAUGGGAAGUUCGCGACAGUCCUGCGCAGACCGAGCAGCCGCACCUCCUCGUCACUGGUACCCGGCUCGGGCGAUCAACAGUACGUAGCAAGCUCGCCAACCUCGUUGCCGCCAGUUUCGCGAUACCUGCAAACACGACUGCCCUCACUCGUGCGCACCUCUCCGUCAGAGCCCGCCCUGAAUCCAUACAUCUUCCGCGCGGCUCAACCCAGCCUCGCCUUCGACACAUCGCCUGUCACCGCUGUUGCCGCCAGCACCCUCCUGUCACGCGUGCGUCAGAGGCCUUCUCCGGCCUACAGCUGCCUCACUCGCGCCCUCACGGUGGCCUUACAGUUCCUCCACCCAACCACAACAUCACCGCAAGAAUAAUCGCCCGACAGCCUCAACAAGGCCUCCGUUCCACACGCCAGGCACCUCCUCCUUCGCCCUGCCCACCCUCUUUACGUCAGGCACGCAGACCUCUCGCGCAUAUAUCAGGAUAUCGCCCUCCGCUGCCCUCUCCGGCCCGCAUCCCACCUUCCAUAACAACAGCAACAACCACCGCGGAGCACCACCCUCUCCGACCUCGCCUCCGCAGAGACAGCAGCAACAAUCACAAGGACGGCAACAGCAGUACCGCCCUCUCCUGCUCUCGCCAGGCCUGCAACCCAACAUCCACAGCAACUACACUCAGCGCAGCCAAGAUGUCUUCCUCCGGCCCUACUCUCCGCUUCCGCCCGGAGAUUGCCGAGCUGCUUGGCCAGCAGACGUUCAAGGUGAACGCCAACAACCGCGGCUUUAUCCGCCUUUGGUGUGGUGAGGGGCCGAUUCAAGAGCUUCUCAUAGAGUUGCUCGACAAAGACUACCUCGACGAGCACCGCCUUAUUCCUGCCGAGCUCCGCGCCCGCGCCGGCGACCCGGUCCCCUCAGACGAGCCUGGGCAGGCCUUCAUCAACGUCAACGCCUUUAUCCUCGCCGACCUCCGUGGGCUGGACGACUUGCGUCACUGCCUCUCUGCCAUUCUUCCAGGCCCUCGCAACCCCGUCGGAGGUCCUACCCGCCCGCGCCUCGAGGUCCUGUGGAUGGCUUGCGAAGCUAAGGCGAACGCGGCCCCCUGCCGGUUCUGCAUAACCAGCCCCGCCUCCGACAAGGUUAAGUUCUUCGAAACCUGUCUCGCCUGGCGCGGAGUCGGCGGCGAGAAGUGUAUGAACUGCGCCUGGAAGAUGUCCCGCGGCCCGGCCUGUAACGCACAGGAGGACGCUAUUACUAUCUCGGCCGGAAACUAG